CCCACAGCAACAUGUAUGUAAGGAGGAGGAGGUUCUCUCGGACCAGCUGCUCUGUACCCAGGAGGGGAACUCCAGUCUGGACCAAGAGGACCCAGAGCCUGCACAGGUGAAAGAGGAGCAGGAGGAAAUCAGCACCAGUCGGCAGGGAGAGCAGCUGGAACUGAAGGAGAUGACUGACGCGUUAAAGUGGACUCCUCCUCCUGCUCGUGAGGAAAGUGACCGCAAUGAACCAGAGGAGAAAAGUGACCGCCAGACCUUCUUUCACACCUCUCAUGUGACCGAAAACUACCAUCAGACACCUGAAAGGACAGAGUCAGAGCCGCAGAAUAGACAUCGCGAAAGCAACGGUGACAGUGUUUACGACUCGACCGCGUCGCAUUCUAACUGUAUUGCUCACGCACGCGCGACACCUUUCAAGUGUGACACGUGCGGGAAAGCUUUUAAGCAGAAGUCGAGCAUGGACAGCCACCUCAGAAUCCACACGGGCGAAAGGCCGUACCCCUGCGGCACCUGCGGGAAAAGGUUUUCCCGGAUGCCGGACUUGAACAGGCACGCGAGAAUCCACACGGGCGAGAAGCCGUACUCGUGCGAGAUAUGCGGGAAGGGGUUUCUGCUCAAUUGUCUCGUGAAAAACCACAUGAAGAUCCACACGGGCGAGAAGCCGUUCCCCUGCGGCAGCUGCGGGAAAAGGUUCUCGCGAAUGCCAGACUUGAAAAGGCAUUUGAGAAUCCACACGGGUGAAAAGCCGUACACCUGUGAAACAUGCGGGAGAGCUUUCAGGUAUACGGGCGACUUACUAGUUCACACGAGAAGAGCCCACACCGUUGAGUUUGAAACCAGUGAGAGAGUGGGCGGGAAGACGUGCGGGAAAGGAACCACAAGCUGGCCUUGAACCUGUGCUUCCCACUUGGAGGACUAUCGCCUCUGUACAUGGGGAACCAACUGAACUGUUAGGCACCUGUGCUCCGUAGCCUCGUAUUCGCAGCGACGAUGUGGAACUGCUUCAGUUUAAGUUAAAAGCUAAAUCUCCGGAAUCUCACUAAGCAAGGAGUGA